GGCAGGGCUUAGCGCGAGCUGGCGCCGGCGCGCUGGCUCGGCGGGGUGGACGAGCGGGUGGCACUGACGGAGACUGCAGGUGGUACCUGCUUCCCUGUGCCAGGUUGUCAUGGAAAGGCUGCUGACAAGAUGCAGAGCAUUGUCCACCUGGGCCACCUGCAGCCACCAGCUCUCCAGAUACAUAUCCCACAGAUGUCACCACUCUGCCCCAGGGAGAGGGCAGCGCUUGAUAUUGUCCCGCAUGUUUCAGCCACAAAACCUCCGGGAAGACCAAGUGCUUUCUGUGGAGGGAAAAUCUAGCGACCUGACUUGUAAGAGCCAGCGACUGAUGCUGCAGGUGGGUCUGAUCCUCCCAGCAAGCCCUGGCUGUUACCAUCUCCUGCCCUACACCGUUCGUGCUAUGGAGAAGCUUGUGCGAGUGAUAGACCAGGAGAUGCAGGGGAUUGGGGGGCAGAAAAUCAGCAUGCCCAGCCUCAGCCCAGCAGAACUCUGGCAGGCCACCAACCGCUGGGACCUGAUGGGCAAGGAGCUGCUAAGACUGAGAGACAGGCAUGGUAAGGAAUACUGCUUAGGUCCAACUCACGAGGAGGCCAUUACUGCCCUUAUUGCCUCCCAGAAGAAACUGUCCUACAAGCAGCUUCCGUUUCUACUGUACCAAGUGACGAGGAAGUUUCGGGAUGAGCCUAGGCCCCGCUUUGGUCUUCUCCGUAGCAGAGAGUUUUACAUGAAAGAUAUGUACACCUUUGACUCUUCCCCAGAGGCUGCCCAGCAGACCUAUGGCCUGGUGUGUGAUGCCUACUGCAGCCUAUUUGACAGGCUGGGGCUGCGAUUUAUCAAGGCCCAGGCAGAUGUGGGUAGUAUUGGGGGCACAAUGUCUCAUGAGUUCCAGCUACCAGUGGAUAUUGGAGAGGACCGGCUUGCAGUCUGUCCAAGCUGCAGCUUCUCAGCCAAUGUGGAGACACUAGGCUUGUCACAGAAGAAUUGCCCUGCCUGCCAGGGCCCACUGACUGAAACGAAAGGCAUUGAGGUAGGACAUACAUUCUACCUGGGCACCAAGUAUUCUUCCAUUUUCAAUGCCCAGUUUACCAAUGCUCAUGGUAAACCAUCCCUGGCUGAAAUGGGGUGCUAUGGCUUGGGUGUGACACGGAUCUUGGCUGCUGCUAUUGAAGUUCUCUCUACAGAAGAUUGUAUCCGCUGGCCCCGCCUUCUGGCCCCUUACCAAGUCUGCCUCAUCCCCCCUAAGGCAGCCAGUAAGGAGGAAGCUGCUGCAGAGCUCUUGGGGCACCUGUAUGACCACAUCACAGAGGUUUUGCCUCAGCUCCACGGGGAGGUCCUUCUGGACGACAGGACCCAUCUUACCAUUGGAAAUAGACUGAAAGAUGCCAACAAGCUCGGCUACCCCUUCGUGAUAAUUGCUGGCAAGAGGGCCCUGGAGGACCCUGCACAUUUUGAGGUUUGGUGUCAAAACACUGGUGAGGUGCUCUUCCUCACCAAAGAAGGAGUCAUGGAAUUCUUGACCCAAGUGCAAGUUGUCUAAGUGCCCAUCUCAUAGCCUAGUAUUAACUCUAACACUUCAGUUCUUGGCCCAUGCUCCUCUCCUGGUGGUCUCCACAGAAACAGGACCACUCAUGGAAAGUGAGAACGUGUUAGAGAAACCAGUGUUUACCCAGUCAUUUGUUCAGAUUAUUUGUAUUUGAAAUUGUUAACUUGAUUCCCUUCUUUGGGCUGGCCAUCUGACCAUAUGCCAUUCCUUUUACAUACCAUUUUGGAAGCUUCUAUUAGAAGGCUGAGAGGCAAGAAAGAGACCCAAGUUCUAGUCUUGGCCCUUGGGCAAGUCACUUCCUUCUCUGCUGAGUUUCCUGCGUAGGAUGGGAAUGGCAGAAGGCCAGGGGCCUCAGCUUCACUCAGUCCAGAGAGCAGGCCCAUCAGCCCUCUCCUGAGAAGCUGAGAGUGUAAGUGAAAGAGUCUGAUUGUCACCAACUCACUGGUGGCUUGACACGUCUGCUUCCCAACUUGGGCUGCAGUUUUCCCAUCUGUUACAUGAGAAAUUGGAACUCUGUGAAGUCCUUAAAGCUGUCACUGAGUGGUUCCACAAGAGGCUCACAAUAGGCGGAUCUGGUUCUUCUGAUCCUCCAUGGUCUGAGUUUCCUACAAAUUUGAAUUGCCUGAUAACCCAAGAACCACCUCCAGAGAUCUAACCCUGCUGAGAUGGCCUAAGCACUGAGAUCAUGUUUUCUUUAUUGACUUUUUGUUUGUUCCUGAGUACUGAGGAUUGAACCCAGGUGUGCUUUACUCCAUGCCA